ACCUUGGCCCCAAAACCUAUCUGUCUCUGAAUCUUGGCAAACUGAGGAGAAAUAGUCUCUGUCUUUUCCAUUUGAUUGAUUCAUUCAUCGAACAAUGGCGUCUUCUUCUUCUUCUUCAAUUACGUUUUUAGUAGUCUUUGCAUUUACAGUAUUCUUCUGUUUGGUUUCUCCGGCGAGAUCCAGCGACGUCGAAGCUUUACUAAGCUUGAAAUCCUCAAUCGAUCCAUCUAAUUCGAUUUCAUGGCGAGGAACAGAUCUCUGCAACUGGCAAGGUGUUAGAGAAUGUAUGAACGGAAGAGUCUCCAAGCUUGUUCUUGAGUACUUGAAUCUCACUGGCUCACUCGACCAGGAGAGUUUGAACCAAUUGGAUCAACUUAGGGUUCUUAGUUUCAAAGCUAACUCUCUCUCCGGUUCAAUCCCUAAUCUCUCCGGUUUAGUUAACCUCAAAUCGGUUUUUCUCAACGAUAACAACUUCUCCGGCGAAUUCCCGGAGUCUCUCACGUCUCUUCACCGAUUGAAAACCAUUUUCCUCUCCGGUAACAGAUUGUCCGGUCGAAUCCCUAGCUCGUUGCUCCGUCUCUCUCGUCUUUACACGCUCAAUGUUCAGGACAAUCUCUUCACUGGUUCGAUUCCUCCUCUUAACCAGACGAGUCUCAGAUACUUCAAUGUAUCCAACAAUCAGCUCUCCGGUCAAAUUCCACCGACACGAGCUCUGAAGCAGUUUGAUGAGUCAUCGUUUACCGGAAAUGUCGCUCUUUGCGGCGAUCAGAUUCAAAGUCCAUGCGGAAUCUCUCCUGCGCCGUCGGCGAAACCAACGCCUAUACCUAAGUCUAAGAAGAGCAAAGCGAAGCUAAUCGGAAUUAUCGCCGGAAGCGUCGCCGGCGGAGUGCUAAUCCUUAUCUUGCUAUUGACGUUGCUUAUCGUCUGCUGGCGACGGAAGCGGCGGAGCCAAGCACCGAGGGAAGAUAGGAAAGGUAAAGGAAUUGCUGAAGCAGAAGGACCAACAACUGCAGAAACAGAGAGAGACAUUGAGAGGAAAGACAGAGGUUUCUCAUGGGAAAGAGGCGAAGAGGGAGCAGUGGGAACUCUGGUUUUCCUUGGAACCAGUGAUACAGGCGAGACGGUUGUGAGAUACACCAUGGAAGAUCUGCUUAAAGCUUCGGCAGAGACACUGGGAAGAGGAACGUUAGGGAGUACUUACAAGGCUGUGAUGGAGUCUGGGUUCAUCGUCACUGUGAAGAGGCUCAAGAACGCAAGGUAUCCUCGCAUGGAGGAAUUCAAGAGACAUGUUGAGAUCCUUGGACAGCUCAAACACCCAAAUCUGGUGCCUCUCAGAGCCUAUUUCCAAGCCAAAGAAGAACGCUUGCUUGUCUACGAUUACUUCCCCAAUGGCAGUCUCUUCACUCUUAUUCACGGAACUAGGGCUUCUGGAAGUGGGAAGCCUCUUCACUGGACGUCAUGCCUGAAAAUAGCUGAGGACUUGGCCUCAGCUCUGCUCUACAUUCAUCAGAAUCCUGGCCUAACUCAUGGGAACUUGAAAUCGUCCAAUGUCUUGUUAGGUCCUGAUUUUGAGUCCUGCCUCACAGAUUACGGGCUCAGCACUCUCCAUGACCCUGACUCGGCUGAAGAAACAAGCGCAGUCUCUCUCUUUUACAAAGCUCCAGAGUGCAGAGACCCAAGGAAAGCCUCUACACAGCCUGCAGAUGUCUAUAGCUUUGGGGUCCUUCUUCUUGAGCUUCUAACAGGUAGAACACCAUUCCAGGACCUUGUUCAAGAAUAUGGGUCAGAUAUUUCAAGAUGGGUGCGUGCAGUGAGAGAGGAAGAGACCGAAUCAGGCGAGGAGCCGACUUCUUCAGGCAACGAAGCAUCUGAGGAGAAACUUCAGGCACUUCUAAGUAUUGCAACGGUUUGUGUGACCAUUCAACCCGAAAACCGGCCUGUGAUGAGAGAGGUGUUGAAGAUGGUGAGGGAUGCAAGGGCUGAAGCACCAUUCUCGUCUAACAGUAGUGAACAUUCGCCCGGGAGAUGGUCGGAUACCGUUCAGAGCUUGCCAAGGGAUGAUCAAGUGAGCAUCUAGAGAAAUUGGCUGGGCCUUCUUCAUUGCUUUCCUAGAAUGACACGUGUGAUUCUUGAAGUAGGGUUCAUAGUGUAAAGCUUCUUUUUAUUUUGUAACGCCAUUUUGAUUCAUCGACGUUGUAGGACUUGCAUAAGAUCUGCUGAAUUGGUAAAAUUUGAGGUGCUGGUACUGAGUUAACUGAA